UUUAACUAUAACUCCGCUGACACAUACUGAGCCCAAGGUACAAAUCAAAGAUGGCGGCCGAACAGACGUGAAAAUUAUCCUUUAGACCAUAACAUAUUCCUUGCGGUUUGCAGACAAGAUCGACAAGAUUAUAAUAAUUUAUUAAAGUAAGGGAAGUGGCUAACAGCUUGUGUUAAUAUUAUGGAUAUUGGACCGAGUUUGCCUCCUCAUAUGAGAAAAAAACAUAAACAAGGAAAAGACAAAAAUGAACAAGAUCAUACAGACAUCGGGCCAGCUUUGCCCCCACAUCUUCGCCAGAAAACCACAGAAACCAAUGAUGGAAAAGAGGAUUAUGGACCACUGCAACCAAAAACUUCUUCUGCUGGACCACAGCUGCCAAAGUCUAUUUCAGGCCCCGUGUUGCCAUCUACUUUAGACAGCAAGGAUUCAGCUGGGAGUGAGACUAUUAAACCUCCCUUGCCGCCUACACUUAAACAAGACCAUGCAGAAAACUCAAAUUGCAAGGAUCAAAAUGAUGAUGAUGAUGGCGAUAGUUAUGGACCAGCCUUACCACCAGGCUUCGUGAAGCAGAAUGAGGAACCAUCAAGAGUUGGCCCUGUUGGUCCAAUACGUCCUCCUGAUUCAUAUGUCAGUGUUUCCAUGGACGCAACAGAACAAGAUGAAAGCAGUGAUGAAGAUGAUUCAAACAUGUUUGGCCCUAUGCCAUGCUCUUAUUCUAAAUCCGAAAUAUCACUUGCCAGGACAAGAGCAGACAUUGAAGCACGAUCUAGAGCUACAAAAGAUAAGAUGCUGGGCAAGAACAAACCAAAACAGAAAAGAGAAGAAUGGAUGACAGAACUUCCACCAGAACUCAGUAAAAAUUUUGGUCUUGGACCACGUACAUUUAGGGCUAAGGCACCAACAGUUGGCGAUCGCUCCAUUUGGACGGACUCUCCGUCAGAGAGAGCCAGAAAAGAAGCGGAAGGCGGUACUUCCCGACGCGUUGACACAGAGGAAGUGGUGUACAAGGCCCCAUGGCAAGAGGCAAAGGAUAAGCACAUGGAAAACGUCAUCCAUUCUUAUACGGAAAAGCAUCGAAGUGAGUCCCUCCUUGACCAGCAUCAGAAGAAAAUUAAGAAGCAAAAGAAAGAGGAGGAUAACAAGCCGCAAGAGCGUCGGCCGUUUGACAGGGAUGUUGAUCUGUCUUCACCAGGAAUGAGCGCCGCGCAGAGAAAAUCUCUCAUCAAGAAAUCACAAGAACUUGGCUCCCGCUUUCAUCAUGCUAAGAAGGGCUCUUCGUAUCUUUAAAGUGGCCACAUCAACCUACAUUGCUUUGUACAUUGCUUUGUUAGUGUUUUUAUCUGGGAAAUGUCCCAAAUAAUCACUUAGAUAUAGUGUCUGAUAGCAAAAGCUUGUACAAAUUAUAUGUACGUCAGUCCGUUAUAGCCAGGCGAAGGUCUUGGGAAAUUCCAAGUCAACUUUAGCCAGCCUUCUAACAGCCAACACUACCCUAGUUUAGUAAGUCUCCGUAAUGGCUAGAGUUUGUACAAAUUAUUUACGGCAGCGAAGCGACAGUCGUCUUAAGGAACUUACGGUAUUUGCCCAUAAUGCCAAGCAAGGACUUGAGUAUCAGAAGGAGAAGCCAUCAUGAAAGAUGACAAGAAAAGGUGCCAUUAAUUACAGGGUUCUGAAGGGAUAAAAGGGCGCGGAUUUCGCCCUUAUUCAAGGCCGGUCUGAGCACUCGCUGGGAUAACAUAGAUUUUUCCUUAUCUUGCGAUCUUAGUUGACGGUAAUUGUAUCUAUUUAAAAAAGACAAUGCAUUAAAAUAACUUUAUAAAAACGUAUUUUAUUUCAAUAGUUCUUUCAGAUUUGACAAUAGUGCUUGUCUAUGUACAAAUUGUACAUAUUAUAUCAAACGGUUCGUCGCAGGCAGUAUGUUAUGGCGUAUAUUUUUUUAAAGGUGUCUCGAUGUUUCUUUUAGUUCUUCUUGCCUAAGUUCAAACGUCGUGUUGUCCAUGAGCCGUAUUCAAUGCAAAACAUGCAAAUGAAUAUAAAACGAUCGACCUUGUUUAUUUGUUUAUUUGCACUCACGACGUUUUUCACUUAGCCUUAAAAGUCUUCCUUCGUCCGGUAUUGGCCGCUAUAGGAGCGAAUAAUUUAAGAUAAGUAUUAUCACUCAAUCAAAAACCUUCCACACAACACUCUAUGAAGUAAAAUAAAAAGCCACUCUCGUCUAAA